CCGGGGCCAGGUGGCGGAGGCGUGGUCGGGAAGCUGCUGGAGCCUGGGGCCUGAGGGGGGCGGGAGGAGGAAGAGGAAGAAGAGAAGGCUUGUCAGAGGCCAUGAGCGCACUGCGGUUGCUGUGGCUGCCGAAGCUGUGGCUGCCGCUGCGGACUACCGGGACCGUAGCCUGGGUCGGACGUUCGUGGCCGUCACCACCGUCGCACCGAGCCAUGAGCGAGUACAUCACGGAGGAGCGGGGCCUCCCGUGCUCUGAUCAAUAUCGCCUCUAUUUUAAGACUACAGCUGGUCACUACAUCUCCCCCUUUCAUGACAUUCCUCUGAAGACUGAAUCCAAAGAGGAAAAUGGCAUUCCUACAAAGAAAGCUCGGACCAAUGAUCAUGAGGCAGUGUUUAACAUGGUUGUAGAAGUACCUCGUUGGACAAAUGCCAAAAUGGAGAUUGCCACCAAGGAACCAUUGAAUCCCAUUAAACAAGAUAUAAAGAAAGGCAAGCUACGUUAUGUGGCAAAUAUCUUUCCUCACAAGGGUUACAUAUGGAAUUAUGGUGCCCUCCCUCAGACUUGGGAAGAUCCUCAUCACAAAGACACCACCACCAACUGUUGCGGGGAUAAUGAUCCCAUUGAUGUUUGUGAAAUAGGCUCAAAGGUUCGUGCUCGUGGUGAGAUUAUUCAGGUGAAGAUCCUUGGAAUUUUGGCUCUUAUUGAUGAGGAUGAGACAGAUUGGAAGUUAAUUGCCAUCAGUAUGGAUGACCCAGAAGCCUCCAAAUUCCACAAUAUCGAUGAUGUGCGGAAGCAUAAACCAAGUUACCUUGAAGCAACACUUGACUGGUUCCGAUUAUAUAAAGUGCCUGAUGGAAAACCAGAAAAUAAAUUUGCUUUUAAUGGCGAGUUUAAAGACAAGGAUUUUGCUCUUCAAGUUAUUGAAUCUGUACACAAAUAUUGGAAAGCCUUGCUUCAUAAAAAGGCUGAUGGAGGAGAUAUAAAUUGUAUUAAUGUACAGGUUUGUGACAGCCCUUUCUGCUGCAGUGAAGAAGAAGCCAGAUCCAUAGUGCAAUCGGUAUCAACUGCAAUAAAUAAAGAUUCAAAUUCCAAAGAAGAUGAAGAUAUCCACAGGUGGCAUUUUAUUAAGAAGUGAUGGAAGUCUCCAAUCAUCUUUCAUCCCCAAGAGCCAUAGACAAGUUCAGGCAAUAGCUGCUGCCUCCCUCUUGAAGCUUCACUUUUACAUGUCUUGAGAUAGAUAGUGUAAAAUAAACAUUGGACUUCCAGAUUGUUCUUUCUUUUCAUAUUUACUCAAAAUGCAAACUUUUUUUUGUUCUUAUUUUGCUUUCUUAGAAAAAGCUUGGAAGCAACAUGUUUUGAAUUGUUGACCAUUCCUGUGCAUAAAAGGAAACCUGCAAGUUUCAUGGCUCUAUUUCUCUGCAUGAAUGUAGAAUGCUAAAUUUAAUAUAUUAAAGAGGUUCUUGAAAAAAGUUAAUAUAUUAACUAGGUGAUAACUAUUGUUCUCAUUUCAGAGUAUAUUAAAAUGCAAGUUCUAAAACAAGUGGCAGCUUCAUUUAGCCAGCAUCUGCCCUCUGUCUUACACUGUCAUAGUAUCUGAGAAUUUGUGGAUGCCUCAAGUUUAUACUAUCUUACAUUUGUGUCACACACACACACACACACAGAGCACAGAGUCCUUUCAUACUCAUCAUCUUAUGUGAUCCUCACCAAGAAUUUGACACAAUAUUAUAUAAGACAGACAUUAAUACCAUUUUAAAGGUAAGGAAACCAGCUCAUGCGAAGGAAUCAAAUGUAAGAGUUUAGAUCUUUACUGAAAUAUAAUAACUGUAUAUUCUUUUUGUUUAAGAUUUCUGAAAACAAAGAUUGAGCAAUCUUCCAUAAAACAUAUACAGCAACCUUCAUAACUGAGACAUAAUUUGUUAAGUAACCUAAAUCCUAAUGUUUUAACUUAACCUUAAUUUUCCUCAUCUGAUUAUUAGCAGAGAUGGAAAAUAUUUGGAGACUAUCUUUUGAAAAUUCUUCAUAAACCUGAAUGUUGCUAUUUAGUACCUACUCGGUUUUCUCAGGCUAUUGAGUUCCUAUUUUCAAAGUAUUUAGUCUUGUCAAGAUUCUAGCCUUUGAAACUUUUUUCCAAAUCCUUUCCGAAGCCUCCAUAUUAACACAUUAGCUCUAGAGACCCAACAUGAAUGUAUCAAGGCAUCUUACUAAAAUGUCAACUAUAAAUGGAUUAUUACUUUAUUCUUUAUAUUCCUAUUUAUGAAUUUUAUUUUGCAUUUUUGCAAUUUCAGUUUUGUCUAGUAUUUAUAUUGUCCAAAAUAAUUAUUCUUAUUACUUGCUGUUUGCAUAGAUGCUCUAAGUGUACAGAUGAUAAUUUGAGAUCAGUAAUUACCUUUAUUGCUAGCUUUUUGUAUCAUGUGACUCUAGUAGCAACUUGUAAUGAUCUGGAAGAGUAUCUAAUUUGUAUCCAAGGAUGUGGAUCACAUACUAGACUUGAAAAUCAGAAAACUGGGAUUCAUAUCCUGUCUUUGUUACUUCCCAGCUUACUUAAACUUUAAUUUCUUCAUCUAUAAAAUGGGUUUUAUAUUGUUUGUGGUUCUUACCUCACAGGCUUGAAAAGAAGACUAAAUGAAGUAAUGUUUUUAUAAAGUGCUUUCUAAGCAUCUGGUAUUAUAUGCCUGGUGCUGUUUGUUUUUAAUAACUUGAUAGAGAUGUGAAAGACUCUGAGAGCAGAAUAUGCCCAGGCAGAGCUCAAAGGGCAGAAUUUAUCUUUUGAUGUCUCUAAAUAGCCUCUUCUGCAGUCUUCAUAUUUUAAGUCUAAUAACUGUUGACAAUGUGAUGUAGCAUUCCUUAUGAUCAUUCUCCAUUAUUUCAAGUAAAUGGUUGAACUUAUAAAAGUUAACAAAGAGUUAUUAAUAAAUUAUAGGGUACUUAACAGUCUCUAUUCUUCAAAUACAGAAAUUUCACUAGAGAUAUAUUUUUUUAAACAAUUAUUUUCCCUUCGGCUUCAUCUUCUUCUACUCUAUACUUUUUCCCCCAUUGAUUCCCCAUUUUUUCUUUUAAAUAUUUUGAGCCAUUUGGAACUAACUUUAUUUUGACAUGAGACUUUUGUCCUAAAGCAAAUGGUUAAAACCUCUUUGCAAAAAGCAUUAAUAAACUAAUAUUAUUUUUACCAUAGUUACCCCCACUCAAAGGGGACAAAAGUACUUCAAGAUACAUUGGUCUUAGAUGAUUAGUGUCUACGUUGCUUUCAGAAUAUACUUGACUACUUUUAAAAAGCCAAAAAAACAAACCAACUAAUUUACAGACAUGCAGAAAUGAUCAUUGCCAUAGGCUGUGUUUGUCUGGAUCUAGUGGAAAUCCUUUCUUUUAUUCCAUGGUACUUUUCUGGAAUUUUAAAGAUGUAUUUCAUGAUAUAACACAAGGUAAUUUUUAAGGAAAGGCAGGACCUCUGAAUAUCUUUUGCUUCACUAGCUAUCUAGAGUGGUGGUAUGCAUUUUGUCAUGUAAUGGUGUUUGAUGAUAUGUGUAAAUUGUUGAGAUUUUGUCAGAGAUGUUGUCAGAAAAAUAAAGACAUCAUUAACUUGUAACUUUCAUAAAUUUAUUCCCAGCAGUCAAUCUUUUCAAGUAUUGUUUCUAAUCAAGAUAAUAUGCUUCACUUGGGAAUUGUUUAUAAUUAAAUGAUGCCACAUAGAGAUUCCUAGAGAUGUUUAAUUCUUAUUUAUGAUUGGUGGCAUAAGGAAGAAAAUGUUAUGAAUGGGUUAAUAUUUAGAAAUAAGAUAUUAUUUGUGAUUGAAUUGCACUAAUGAAAGCUUGUGGAUUGCAGACAAUGAAAAUGAUUAUCACUUUGAGAUGCCCAAUAGCAAAUGUUAGUGAUUUGUCAGUGGUAUGGGCAUAUGGAGCAUAAACCCUUUCUUUCUAUUAAAGACGCUGUCUUUGUACCAGCAUCUGUUUGUGUAAUUCUCUCCCCCUCCCCCCCUUAUCCGGGGCAUUUAAAAAAAAAUACAACAAAUUAGGUUUGCUAUUCUUUAAUGCCUUUUUCAUAACAUGCAUUGAAUGAAUGAUUUUAAAAUGUAGCACAAUUCUGGAGAAAACAGGUGGUGUGGUUGAUGGAACUGACGUUGGCUAAAUACUAUGUGGCAUAGUGUCACCCUCUGACCAGUUGUUCAUUCAAUAAAAGCUUUUUGCAUAUUCUAACAAGAA